AGUGUAUGUAAUUUUGUUACAUCAUUGGUGUGAAGCAACCUGCGUUAAAUGUUUGUUUUGUUUUUGAAAGCCACAGUGACGCGAAUUUUAAAUAUGUUGCUAAUACUAGUAAUAGUAGCGUCUUGCAACAUUGUGUCUGGCACAACAAUAAAACCAAUUGUAAUGUGGCAUGGAAUGGGUGACAGCUGCUGUAACCCGAUUAGCUUAGGGAGAAUAAAAUUAGUAAUCGAAGACACGUUUCCAGGUGUCUAUGUGAAGAGUAUCAAAAUUGGUGCCAAUAUAAUUGAGGACACGGAAAACGGAUUCUUUUUAAAUGCAAAUGUGCAAAUUGAAGAAGUGUGCAGUCAGCUAGCAAAUGACAGUAAGCUAGCAGACGGAUACAAUGCGAUAGGUUUUUCCCAAGGAGCGCAGUUUUUGAGAGCUGUUGCUCAACGCUGCCCAUCUCCUCCUAUGAUUAAUCUUGUGUCACUGGGAGGGCAACAUCAAGGAGUAUAUGGUCUUCCAAACUGUGGAUACCCGGCACAUAAAUGGUGUGAUUACAUACGGAAAAUAUUGAACGUAGGGGCAUACUGGAGUUGGGUGCAGCGUGAAUUAGUACAGGCAGAAUACUGGCAUGAUCCACUGAACGAAGAAGAGUAUCGCCAGAGAAGUAUCUUCCUGGCUGACAUAAACAAUGAACGACAACUGAACGAGACCUACAGAACUAAUUUACUGAAGUUAAAGAACCUUAUCCUGGUGCGCUUUAACAAUGACACAAUUGUGGAGCCCCGAGAGACAGAAUGGUUUGGCUUCUAUCGUCCAGGACAGGCCAAAGAAGUGUACUCGUUGAGGGAGAGCCCACUGUACAUUGAGGACCGUAUAGGCCUAAAACAGAUGGAUAAAGAGGGCCGCCUGAAACUGAUUGCAAUUGAUGGUAAUCAUCUGCAGUUUAGUGAAGAAUGGUUUGUCAAUACAAUUCUUCAUGGUUUUCUGGAAUGA